GGGAGCCUACUGAUCAACAAAUACAAAUCAUUGAAUUUUGAUUCAACGGUUACAAUUAUUAUAAUUUUAGAAAAACUUUAUGUUUAUAGCCGUUUAAUCAAAAUCCAACCGCCUAUGUAUGUUGGUCAGAGGGUUCUGAGCUUGUGCUCACGAGAGGAUCCAAUUCCUACUUUAUACAUCCCAUAAAAAUUUUAAAUUUAUUUUAUUAACACUCUACAUAUUAUUAAAACACUUCACAUUUACUUUUUUUCAAUUAAAAUUUAUCUUCAUACAUCCUCAUCCCACGUACUUUCCGUAAUAAUCUCAUACCCCCCACACCACGUUCAACUUACAUCCCAUAUUUUCUACCUACACUCCACACUCCGUCAACCGAAGACUUCCAAAAUGGUAACCAGUGUUCUUCUGGUUGAUCGCGAAGAUUGUGAUUGUGAAAGUGAGUUUUUCAACUUGUGGAGUUGAAGACCAGAGCAGUAGGGUUCACAUAAACAAUUUUAUCGAAAGGAGGUUCAAUGGUAGCUUCAUGAAUUGAGUGGCUUCAACAUUUGUAGACGGAAGAAAUCGAACUCGAACUUCCAAAAAACAAAAAAAACAAAAACAAAAAAACCUCGAAAAACCGUCGGUGUGAGAAUUUCGUUGGCUGUGAUUGCAUGCUCCAUGGCGCCCUCCAAGCUCGCGAUUCUCUCAAUCUUUCUUGCCCUAAUUUUCUCCCAGAUUAGGGUUGAGGCUCAAACUCAUCGUAGUCCACACAUGGGAGGGCGUCUUCCGGAGGAAGCAAAGGAAGCGCUCAGUAUAAUGCCAGGUCGACCCAAAUCUCAACCCUACUCAACCUUAACUACUACAGAUGGAAGAACAGGGAAGGAAGGAAGAGAGGAGCAGAGCUCCGAUAAUUUUGAAUCCAACCGUGGCGAGAAGAAUAAGGAACAAAAGAAUGAGCAUAGCAAUAAAGGAAUUCAAAAGGAGUCGGAUAGCAUUUCUUCCUUGUGGAGUAAAAUCGAGUCUCUCCAGAAAAACGGGUCAUUAGUUGAGCAGCAGGUUGUGAAGGCUCAAGACCGUGCCGAUGAACUAGAGAAAAAGGUUAAGGAACUUGAACAGAAAUUACAAUCACAACGUAAGGAGCAAGAGGACUUGGAAUCCCGGGUAAAUGAAGCUGAGGAGAAGAUCAAUAAUUUGCUUUCAGAAAUAGAGAAUACUGGGAAGGCUAAUGAUGAGCAGGAGACCAAAAUGCAUAAAACUGACCAUGCUCUUGAAGUUAAAGUGGCUGAGGUGGAAAUGUGGAAGGCAAAGUUUGAAGCUACUCUAAAGGAAAAAGAGUUAAAUGAGGUUCAAGGUACAGUAAAAGAUUUGCUGAAGAGGCAUGAACUGACAAGACCUCUUGCUACAAAGGAGUUGGAGUGGUUUGCGGCCUCGGCUUUGUUGGCCCUGCUCAUUAUAAUUCUGGUUCAGAACUUUCUCCUGACUUUUCAGUACAAACGCUAAAAAACCUGUUCCAGGUACCAACCGUGCGCGUCGUAAGGCUAAAAGGGGCCAUCCAGAGAAGUAAGCUGCUACUGGCAUUGUUCACAUGUCCUUUUUCUGUGUAUGAUUGAAUCCUCUGUGUAAAAUGUUUGAAACAGUGAUGCACUAGUUAAACGUUAAGAUAAGUCUACGAGUUGGUGGUGUGUAGUGUGGGCAGCUUUUACUUAUGUCGUUGAAAGGUGUGUUUUAGUUUAUUUUUCAGUUGAAAGGUGUGUUCUAGUUUAUCUUUUAGUGUAUUCGGAAUAUAACCGAGAAACUACAUAACAAUAUCAUUGUAUAUAAGUGGGGUUUCGAUCAUAAAUGGCUAUUGAAUUUACAUGA